ACCACUCCGAAUGCCUGAGCUGCAACAUAUGCCACAUCUACAUCUGCCACGCUUUCCCUCCCCAAAAUUUGUCGUUUUACCGUGAUCAUCUGCUCAACCUUCCAUCAGAAGCCUACUCGCUAGGCUCGUGGAAAUACUUUGUUCGUGCUUCCUUCAAAACACUCCACCACACCUGGGGACAACAUGGCAACACCCAAGUUCAACUCCAAGUCGCCAACAAUACGGCGCAUACUCAAAGAAGCUGCCGAGCUUUCCAAGGCGCCUUCGCCUGACUAUACCGCUACACCUCUUGAGAGCGACUUGUUUGAGUGGCACUUCACGUUCCGAGGACCACCCAACUCCGCGUUUGCUGAAGGCAUCUAUCAUGGUCGUAUCGUCCUACCGCCUACUUAUCCACUCCGUCCACCGAGCUUUCGUUUUACAACACCUAGCGGCCGUUUCGAAGUCAACAGAGAGAUCUGCCUCAGCAUCAGUGGCCACCACGAGGAAACAUGGCAGCCAGCUUGGGGCGUUCGGACAGCGCUGGUCGCAUUGCGAAGCUUUAUGGAAACCGAUCCGAAAGGCCAGCUUGGCGGCUUGGAAUCCACAGACGCCGUGCGACAACGUCAUGCGCUUGCCUCUCGAUCAUUUAAAUGCCCUGCUUGCGGCAAAUCCAACGAAGAAAUCAUGGCGGAGUCCAAAAAUGCGGCAGAUGCGGCGGCCUCAACUUCCUCCCAGGCCCCCAGCGGAGUAGAAGUUCCUUCUGAACUCAAGAUGGCCUGGAAGGAUGAGAUGACAAAGAGCCCAGAAACAAGAAGUCAUGCGCCAGCAAUUGCAGAACAACGCCACUUUGGUCCAGGUACUACAGGGUUGGCGGAGGCAUCUGACGAAGAAAGUGCAGAACUGUCCGAGGCUUUCGUCACGACAGGGUCGGUCACCCCUCGCCGUGACAACGCGUCCACUCAACAGCAGAUGACAGCACAAGAGAUGGCUGUUCCUGAGAUCUCGUCCUAUCAUCAUUCUGAAUCAGCUAGAGUCAUCCCUGCGACUGCGAGAGUCGCUCCCCUUCGUGAAGCUCCAAAUCCACGGAUCUUGAAUGGCCCAACAACUGUACAACGACCCAUGGACGCGGGCGUUCCUUUGUGGGUAGACCGAGCCAUCGUUGUACUCGUCGUCUUGCUUGUGGCGAUGAUACUUCGAGCGCUCUUGAAUACAUAGGCAGGCAUCCUCAUGGCUCAUCAAUUGUGAGGCAUCACCUAUACCUAGGCCUGUCGCCACUGAUCAUUCGAGGUAGGAUCAAAGAUUCGACUUCUGGGAGUAGAUCAUUUCAUGCUCUGUACUUGCUUAAAUGCGUUCUUCUUGAUAUCGGGUCUUGCUUUCCUUGAGCGACAUGCGUCCCUGGGUAAAAGCACGGAAAGAUGUUCAUUUCAUAAUCAAGAGCGAUUUGGUCGGUUAGCGAGGCGUAGUGGAUCUCUGGUGCGUAGUAUGUUUUACCUUGCACCUUGUCAGUAUGCUCGGUGAGAUAUGGGUUCAUUCAAUUGUGCUCAAAUUGCACGAACGAAAAAAAGUUAUUCUCAGUGGCAACCUUUGGUCUGCAACUUGACUUGAAAACACUGCUCAUCAAAUUCCCCUCUAUGGGAUACUCAGGGGCGUGAUAACGAUACCGGGAAAGGUUGACAUGAUGCAUUGCUGAGGCAGAUAUUAUACAUUCUCCCGUUUCUGAAUAAUUACAGUAUCGUCGCGCACUAGUUAGGACGCAGCCUUGCUACACAGCAGCUUAACUUCCCUUCAAGACACCCUGGCUCCCGACUAUGAGCCACCACCACUCCGCUGUUGUAUAGCUUGCUCCUCGGGGCGAGGCGGACUUUAAGACUUCGUUUCGUAAGCCCCAUUCGAUGACCAGUUGAACCUCAAAAUCCUCUAGAUUUGGCUUCAGAGUUGCAACCACGCCUCUUAGAUCCAACGGACCACGCAUAGCGAUCGCGAACACGACAGCGCCCAGUACUUGUCGCCAACGGUCGACCUUGAGCGCUCCAAAGAAGUCAGACCAAAGAGGCAGCACACCCUCCGCGCUUUGACUCGCCGGGCAAUCUCCCUGAGACUGUUGAAGAACAUGCAUAUCAUCGUCAUACACAUAUGUUGGCGUUGGCGUGAUCUGCAGCCCAAAGUUGUAGAACGUUUUUGGGAAUUUGCGGCUUUCGUAGACACCAGGCUUGAAUCCCAAUGGAAUCUGCGGCAUGUCGACGGGGGAUAUCGUUACUCUGCCGUGGGCUUGCAGAUUAAUCAUGGCCAUGACUUCGCCAUCCCUGAUGACGUAUGGAAUCCUAACCUCUUCAUCACGACGAAACUUGGCGUCUAGCAGUGUCUUGAAGGCAACAGCGUCGAGGUAUUUUUGUUCGUGGCUCUGUUUGACCAGCCGUGGCAAGUACCACUCAGAGAGUCGGU